GUCUCUCUUCCUCGGUCUUCCCAUCAGUGCACGUCGCCAUGGGCAAGAGCCGGACGAAGCGCUUCAAGCGACCUCAGUUCUCCCCUACGGGCGACUGUCAGGCCGAGGCUGCAGCGGCGGCGAACGGGACUGAGCGAGAGGAGGACGACGGGCCGGCGGCAGAGCUGCUAGAAAAGCUCCAGCACCCGAGCGAAGUUCGCGAGUGCGCCUGCGCGGGACUGGCCCGCCUGGUGCAGCAGCGGCCGGCUCCCGGACUGGCUCGCCGGGACGCAGUGCGCCGCCUCAGUGCACUUGUCUGCGGCACCUCGGGAGACCCAAGAACUGCCCAGGCUCUCCCAUUUGCAGAGGGGGGAUUUGAACCCAGGCUCCAGACUCCGGAGGUCCCCAUGACCCCCAGACCACAUGCAUUCCGAAAAGUCUUGCUUUCCGUGUGUACCAUCUCAGACCUGAGAACUAAGUUGUUAUGUGAUCAGAUCAUUUAUUUGCAUCAUGUAGGACACGGAUCAGAACAGAUGGAGAUCUGUGGAUUGGUUCUGCAGCAUCUUUCAGGAGUCACAAGCAAUUUCGUUCAGGAAAUCUUGGGUGUGGGUAGAAACAUAAAUAUAUUUGAGUGCUUAGUAUGUCUUGUGACAUGUAAUCUGAAAGUAAAACCUCUUUUAAACUUCUCGUGUAGAAAUCUCAGUGCUUGUGGAGGUUUUGAAGUCUGUGAUGACAUGGUGACUAAGGAUAUCAUGACUCCUUUGGUCGCACUGCUAAAAGAGUGUAGUGCUGGACUGGAUUCAAAUGAGAUGUCUCCACAGGAAAAAAAAGAGCAGAACAGAAAUUCUAUUGAAAACAUAGCCAAUGAGGCCGUGAACGUGCUGUGGAAUAUAUGUGAAUGCAGUAGUAGAGCAGUAUCUAUAUUCAACAAAGAAGGGUGUUUGGAGAUUGUGUUAAAGUAUUUAAGUAGGUUUUCCACCAAUGUUGACCUGGCUAUUUCAGUAGCAUAUUGUUUGCAGACAGUGACCGAAGAUAAUGCAGAGCUACUGAAAUCUUUCUGUGCCCCAGCAUUGCAUGUGCUGGAAUCAGCAAUGCUUUCUCCUGUCAGUUCCAUGGAGUAUAUUCUAUUAAAGACAUUGAUAGCAGGCACAAUUUGGAAUCUGAAGGACAUCAUUCCAUCCAAGAGUCAGGCAGAGAUAAUAAAUGCCAUACUGAAGAUCUUAUCUGACGUUCUGGAAAUGGAUGCUGGUGAGACGGUGAUUCGAAUGAAGGAGGCCGAGACUCAGAGGUUAAAAACUGCUGCCGAGACUGAGGACGCGUUACAGAGUGCUAAUGGUGAUGAUCUGAUUGAAGACGAGGAAAUGGAAGAAAUUCCUCAUAGAAGAAAAGUCAGAAGGAAAACUUUCACUUCAGAUUUACUUCCACCCACCGACAAGGAGUUGAGAGAGGCCAUAGCACUGCUGACAGCUCAGCAGACUGCUCUGGAAAUUAUUGUCAACAUGUGCUGCAGUGAAGAUCCCACUGACGACGAGUGGGAAGAGCUUUCCAGCAGCGACGAAAGCGAUGCGUUUAUGGAGGGUUCCUUCAGCGAGUGUGGUGGGCAGCUGCUGUCCCCCCUCUGCCUCUCCCACGAGGUUCACACCGCUCUCACCAACCACCUCCUCCCCAAGAAGAUUUUUGAGAAAACUGCUUUUCCAAACAGCAUUGCAGUUGACAUGUGUUCUAGGAACCCCACUUGGAAACCUUUGAUUAGAAAAAUGAACACUGUACAGUGUAGAGCCCUCGUGUGUCUCCAGAGUCUUGUGUCCCUCCUGGAUGUGGACCAUCUGGGAGGACCUGCAGCCCUUCAGACACUUGCACAACAUCUGUCACAGCUGCUUUUUUCCCAGCCAGAUUUUGCUAAGCACGUUGACUUUUUAGAAGCCAUAAGUAGUGCCUUGAGGGCCCUUUUGCAAACAAUGGCCUCCAAGAACAUUUCUCAGUGCAUGACUCCUGACCAGCUGAUGACACUGUGUAAAGCAGGCAUCCACAGUAGUAACGUCGGGGUUAGAGUGAACGUGGUUAGUAUUUUAGGAAUCACUGGCAGCAUCCUAGCCAAAGAGGAUGGCACGCUUGAAACUCUUAAGACCAUCGGGUGCUUUCUGCUCGAGGUUGCCACCAAAGAUCCCUCCCUUGUAGUAGCAGGAGAGGCUCUGGAUGCCCUCUUCGACGUUUUCGCAGAUGGUAAAGAAGCUGAAAGGGCCUCAAUUCAAAUUAAAUUGUUAUCUGCCCUGAAAGAGUUCCAGCCAGUCUUCAAAAUGAAGAUACGAAAAGAAGGCAGAGCUAAAUACAGCCCAGAUCAGCUGUGUGUUCUCGACAACGUGAAGAUGAAUUUGAGAAGGUUUGUCGCUUAUCAGGAAACUGUUGAGAAAAGACUGACUACUUGACCCAUUGAAAGACACCAGUUCUCGCCCCAAAGUGUUCAAAGCUGAAGAAUACUAAAGGAUUUCCUCUCGGUGUAUGCACUCCUGAAAGUCAUUUUUUUAAUGCCUGUGUUCUGUAUGUUAAUUUGAAGUUUGUAAAAAUUCCAAGACCUCUCAGAGACUCUUUUUUUAAGCUCUGAGAUCAGCCUGGCAUUUCCAGCGCUCUCAAAAAUGUUUCCAGCAUGUUUUAAUCACUGGAAAACAUGAAGAGUGGACGAGUGGAAACACAAGGGAAUCUCAGGUGGUUCUUCAUGAACAGUGAACACGCUUCCAAUCAUGUUUUCCUUGAAUUUUGGGGAAAAAAAAAAAAAAGAAAAAUCCGAAGCAUUACUUAGAUGCUCUUUUAAGCCAGUAUCAUUUUAUAUUAGAUGAAUGAUAUUUAGCUGAAAUAUGAAGACAAGCUUUAUAAAAAAAAUUUGGGGAGUAUGAAGUGUAUCAAGUAUGCCUACCUUUUGUGAAGGGGGAAUGAGUUGGACUCACAUUCUGCUAUUUAGGAGAAUAUACUGAUGAGUUAAUGAGGACGUUGUCACCCCCUGUACAAAUGAAUCUGAUUGGUUAUUGCAGUGUAACAUCACGCCUUGUUUAAUUUGAUAUGGAAUCGGGAUUGGAAGAAGAUGUUUUUUAAUAAAUAACUUUAAUUGAAA